AUGGGAGACGGAGGAGAAAGGCGCAGAUGGGAAUACUGGUGUGUUGCUCUGCGUUUCUCUUUGCUGCUGUGCUUCGUGGAGCAGGUUUCGGCUCAGAUAAGGUACUCUAUUCCAGAGGAGGUGAAAGAGGGAUCCGUUGUUGGAAAUGUUGCUAAGGAUUUGGGUCUUGACAUCAGUACUUUGUUGGAGAGGCGGUUUCGUAUCGUUUCUGGAUCUAAGGACGCUCUUUUCCAGGUUAAUCAGAACAAUGGCGUCUUGUAUGUUUAUAAGAAUAUUGACAGAGAGGAGCUUUGUGUCGGAAAUGUUGCAUGUGUGAUAGAUCUAGAGAUCAUUGUUGAAAACCCGUUAGAAGUCCAUUACGCAGGUGUAGAAAUAACAGACAUAAACGACCAUACCCCCAGCUUCUCCGAGAAAGAUAUACACAUCAACAUAGCUGAGAAUAAACUGCCAGGGGCUCGUUUUGAACUCCAGGCUGCGCGUGAUUUGGACUAUGGCAUAAAUUCAGUACGUACCUAUAAAUUAAAUCAAAACGAGCAUUUUGAUUUAGAGCUGCGAGAUAGCGGGGAAGGUUAUAAAAUCCCUUUUUUGGUUUUACAGAAAGCCUUAGAUAGGGAACUGGAGACCAAACAUGUAUUACUAUUGACAGCAUUAGAUGGGGGGAAUCCACCUGGAACAGGUACUCUGAACAUCACUGUCACAGUCCUUGACACAAAUGAUAAUCAACCUGUAUGUAGCCAAGACGUCUACUCAGUGAAGUUACAGGAAAAUGCUGAUAUCGGUAGGAUUGUAGUACGGGUUAACGCAACUGAUACAGACCAUGGAUCAAAUGGAGAAGUUGAAUAUAGACUUGGUAGGAAUUUAAAGCGUGGAGUAUAUGACAUAUUUGAACUGGAUAGCCUUACUGGAGAAAUUCGGGUUAAAGGUCCAGUAGAUUUCGAGGAUAAUGAGGUGUACAGGUUAAAUAUAGAGGCGUCUGAUAAAGGCCAACCUCCACUGACUGUUGACUGUCGAGUUAUUAUAAAGAUAACUGAUGUAAAUGACAAUAAACCAUCUAUUGGUGUUACGUCCCUCUCUAAGACGGUGUCUGAAGUUUCUAAACCAGGAACUGUUAUUUCUCUCAUCAGUGUGACAGAUAAAGAUUCCGGUAUUAAUGGUAAAGUGCUUGCUAGUAUAUCUGAAGACGUGCCAUUUGAGUUAAAGCCAUCAUAUAAAGAAAACGUAUAUUCUGUCGUCACAAGGGGCCGUUUAGACAGAGAACUCGUCUCCCAUUAUGACAUCACUAUAACAGCCACUGACUGUGGUCAGCCUCCUCUGUCCACAUUCAACACUCUGAACGUCCAGAUAUCAGAUGUGAACGAUAACAGCCCAGAAUUCUCCCAAGACCCUAUUGAGCUGUACUUAGUGGAAAAUAACGCCCCUGGUGCAUCCAUAUUCUCAGUAAUCGCUUCUGAUAAAGACUUAAAUGAAAAUGCAGCAAUUUCAUAUCACAUUGUUAGAGGUGAUGUUUUUGCAUCUUUCCUGAAUAUCAAUUGUGAUAAUGGACAUAUUUCUGCUCUAAAAAGCUUUGACUUUGAAACCUUCAAAACAUUCCAAUUCCAAGUUGUAGCUACAGACUCUGGAACUCCGUCACUAAGCAGCAACGUCACAAUGAAUGUGUUCAUUCUGGAUCAGAACGACAACGCUCCAGUGAUCUUGUAUCCAGUCAGCGCUAAUGGUUCCGCUGCAGGUGUGGAGGAGAUUCCCCGCAAUGUGAACGCAGGCCAUUUGGUGACUAAAGUGAGAGCCUAUGACGCUGAUAUAGGAUAUAACGGCUGGUUAUUAUUUUCACUGCAGGAAGUUACUGACCACAGUCUCUUUGCCUUGGACCGCUAUACAGGACAGAUAAGGACACUUCGGUCAUUCACAGAGACAGACGAGGCUGAGCAUAAACUGGUCAUACUGGUAAAAGACAAUGGGAACGUUUCACUCUCAGCAACAGCUACUGUGAUUAUCAACGUUGUGGAGCACAAAGAGGCUUUUGCAGCUUCUGAUGUUAAAAGCGCAGUAAAAGACGAGGAGGAGAACAGCGUUACAUUUUAUUUGAUCAUAACUUUGAUGUCAGUUUCAGCACUUUUUAUCAUCAGUAUCAUCGUGUUGAUUGUAAUGCAGUGCUCCAAAGCCCCAGUCGAUUCCUCCAAGUAUUUACAAGAUGUGAAUUACGACGGGACACUGUGCCACAGCAUCCAGUACCGAUCCGGAGACAAACGGUACAUGUUAGUUGGACCCAGAAUGAGUAUAGGUUCUACUAUUGUCCCGGGAAGCAAUGGGAAUACUCUAGUGGUACCUGAAAACAGGAGGAGAGCUUCUGGAGAGGUAAGAACUGUCUUUGAGCAUUAA